CAUAUCGAUAGUACAGCUGCAUCCCUAGUUUGCGUAAUUUGCAGCAUGCCGCCAAGCAGCAGCUAGACAAUGUGACUAUGCGACAAAAACGGCCGAAAUACACUCAAAUACACUGCAUUUAACAAAGCUGUGCCACAAACACACACACAUACACAAACACCCACAUAGGCUAAUUACAAUAGGAGACGAAGACAAGGACAAGGAUUGAGUUGAGGAGGCUUCAAAAUAGUUGUAGAUAAGGAGGCAGUGAGAAAUGUUGUUGGUGCGUCAGCUGUUCGGCUCCUCAUCCAAUUCCUGGGUACGCGCAUUGAUCAUCUUUGUGCUUGCGUGGGCGGUGCUUGUCUAUGUAUUUGUGCUCAAAUUAACCAACACACAAGCUGGAGUCGCUGGAGGAGCUGCAGGAGCACAGGGGCUGUCAUUAACAACCGGUGAUAAUGAGUUCAAUGCACGUCGCAUCAAUCAAGCGCUGCAAUUGCUGGAGCACACAAAGCAACGCAACGAGGAGCUCAAACAGCUUAUCGAUGAGCUGAUGAGUGAGCAGCUGGACAAGCAGAGCGCGUUGAAACUAAUCCAAAGACUGGAGAAUGAUGCACAAAAUCCAAAGUUGACAUUAGGCGGCGACUCCAAUGUCGAUGAUACGCUCUUUGAAAUGGUGCCAGCGGAUUCGGAUAUGGCCAAUCAUGGCCUGGAUCGUCUGGGCGGUGUGGAGGAGUCCAGGCUCAGCUUGGAACUCCAUGGACAGCCCGGUGUUGAGCCCAGUUUGGAAUACGAGUUGACGCGACGUCGUGUGCAGACAAACAUUGCCGAGAUUUGGAAUUAUUUCAGCAGUGAAUUGGGCAAAAUACGUAAAUCUCUGGCAGCUGGAGGCAACAAUCCCAAUGGCCAUACCAAUGCCAAUCUCAAUGCCGAGCUGGAGGAGUCCAUACAGCAGGUGCUGUUGCAAGGUGCCGAGCACAAGAGAUCGCUGCUCAGCGACAUGGAUCAACUGCGUCGCGUCGACGGCUACGAGGCGUGGCGCCACAAGGAGGCCAAUGAUCUCAGUGAUCUCGUCCAGCGGCGGUUGCAUCAUUUGCAGAAUCCCACUGAUUGCGACAAUGCCCGCAAAUUGGUCUGCAAACUGAACAAGGGCUGUGGCUACGGUUGCCAACUGCAUCAUGUGGUCUAUUGCUUCAUCGUUGCCUAUGCCACGGAGCGGACACUGAUAUUGAAGUCCCGUGGCUGGCGUUAUCACAAAGGAGGCUGGGAGGAGGUGUUCCGUCCGGUGUCGAACAGUUGCCACGAUGCGGGCACUGCGAAUGCAUAUAAUUGGCCAGGCAAACCAAAUACCCAAGUGCUGGUGCUGCCCAUCAUUGAUUCGCUGAUGCCACGUCCGCCAUAUCUGCCACUGGCUGUGCCGGAGGAUUUGGCGCCACGUCUGAAGCGCCUUCAUGGUGAUCCCAUUGUCUGGUGGGUGGGACAAUUUCUCAAAUAUCUAUUGCGUCCACAGACGGCAACACGAGACUUUCUCAACUCCGGCAUGCGUAAUCUUGGCUGGGAGCGUCCCAUUGUCGGGGUACAUGUGCGGCGGACAGACAAGGUGGGCACGGAGGCAGCGUUCCAUGGCAUUGAGGAGUACAUGACGCAUGUGGAGGAUUAUUAUCGCACGCUGGAAAUGAACGGCACCAGCGUGGUGCGUCGCAUCUUCUUGGCCUCGGAUGAUGCGAGAGUGAUCGAGGAGGCACGCAAAAAGUAUCCACAAUAUCAGAUCAUCGGGGAUGCCGAGGUGGCUCGCAUGGCAGCCGUCUCCACACGCUACACGGACACGGCAUUGAAUGGCAUCAUAUUGGAUAUACAUUUGCUAUCCAUGUCGGAUCAUUUGGUCUGCACAUUCUCAUCGCAAGUCUGUCGCGUUGCGUACGAGAUCAUGCAGACCAUGUACCCGGAUGCGGCCUAUAGAUUUAAGUCUCUCGAUGAUAUCUAUUAUUACGGCGGACAGAAUCCGCAUAAUCGACGUGCUGUAAUUGCGCACAAGCCGCGUUCCCAUGACGAUCUGCAGCUUAAGGUCGGCGAUCUUGUCUCGGUUGCGGGCAACCACUGGGAUGGCAAUUCCAAGGGCAAGAAUACGCGCACUAAUCAGGGUGGACUCUUCCCCUCCUUCAAGGUCGUGGACAAGGUCGAAACAGCCAAGUUGCCCGUCUAUGCGGGCGUCUAAAAUCGCAAUCGGAAUCGGAAUCAAUGUCGAAAUUAGAACAAACUUAAUUCCUAUGAAUCUUUCAAAUCCGACAAAUCGGAACAAACUUUAUUCCUAUGAAUCUUUCAACUUUCAACACUUGUCUUCACAUUUCACGUGACGACACAACUUUAUUGAUAUUGCUAAAUAUCAGAUAUUCUCUGCAUCAAAUUCGAAUCUCAAACAAAUUUUUAAUUUACAACAUGAACAAAUUAAACAAAUCUCUGGCAAUCUCGAAUUUCGAAUCUCGCGAAGCCAACAAAAUAAGUGCGUUCAAAACUGUUUUCAAAUUUGUUGCAUUUUCGAAAAGCCCAAGAAGUUAAAUAAUACAAGUAUGUUGACAAAAACAUAAAGAAUAUAUACAUAUAGAAAUAUAUAUAAAUAUAAAUAUAUAUAUAGUAUGUUUAAGCAUGCAUGUAGGAUUCAAAUACGCGCAAUAUAGUUUAUCCUUUGUAACAUAGACAAACAAACAAAACAAAAAAGUAAGAAAUAAAUAGUAAAGUUUUAA